UAUUAUUAAAUUAAAUGCCCAAAUUGUGCGAAAAAAUUAAUCAGUUUUUGAGAAAACAUAUAGUAGAGAAAUAUCUACCUUUAACAUCACUUGUUUGGAAUACAAAAAUCUCUCCCAUUUAAAAUGUUAAUAAAGAUGUCGAUUAUUCAACAAUAUAUGUUAAAGUUCAUUAGUAUUUAUUUUUAUUAAAAUAGACAUUAUUUAAGGGAAUUAACAAGACAAUAAAUCAUUAAUAAAUAAAAUUAAUAAAUUAUUCAAGUUUAAGAAGGAGGACUGAGAGAUUUUAGUAAUUUUUUAGACAUAAUAUAGUUAAAAAGGAAAACUAAUAAAGAAUUUUUUUGGUACCAACAUUUGAAAGAUAAUUAAUUGAAUCAAAUAGUACUACAUAAAUACAUGCAUUAUAAUUGAUAAAUUAAAAAGAAUUAGAAACUACAUAUUUUAGCUUAGAGGAUGUUGAGACAACAUAUAGUUCAUAUUCUGAAGAAUUAAAUUACAGUUUCGUUGAUGAGAGUCUAAUUUAAAUGCAGUGAAUGAUUAACAUAAAAUAAAUUAUAAAAC